AUGAGUCCAUUUGUUCGGACCCGCGCCCCAGAGCUAGAACAACAACAUGGCCUCUCCCCAAACGAGCUCCUCACCUUUAUCGACGCACUCAAUGAAUCAUUCCUCGCCAACCCAGCGCUUCAAGCAGUAGGAGCUGUAGGGAAUAUUGUCGGUUUUGUUCCUCUCGCAAGCACACAAAUAGCUAGUGGCGCGAUGAGUCUUGCAGCCGGACUGGGUGCCGCGGGAGUUUCAUUUGUCCGCACAAAGCGAUUUAUGAAGAGGGCGAAUGAAACUAUUUUCAAGCCAAAGGGUCUUCAUGUCCAGCUUUGCAAGACAGAUAAGAUGCUCAACCAUAUCGGAAUGGCGAAUCAUGGCGCCGUGUUUGCGGGACAGCAGAGUCAAGCCACUUUGGAAAAUGCCCAGACCGAGGCUGGCCAGAAUCCUAUUUCGAGGAGGAUGGAAGUUCUCGGUGACCGGGUCACAAGAUUGUCAUUUGAUGAUGUGGAUGCUCCCAUCGCACCGGAAAACUGGAUGCAAAAGGUUGGGGCAUAUUCGGCGCAGCGGGCUGAGUCGAAGCAGUUGGAGAAGUUGAACAAGAAACAAGUCAAGUCGGAGAGAAAGUCUGGCAAGCACGAGAGGAAAGCUUCCAAGGCAGAAAAGAAACAAAGUAGGGCCGAUGAAAAGGUCGAAUCUAUCAUGGAGGAGAUGGAGGAGAUUCGUGUGCGCAUGCAGAGUCUUGAUUCCACUUCGCGACGAUAUGAGAAGGCGCACAAGGAGCUUCGGAAGGAGUGGAAGGAGCUGGAGAAGGAUUUGCGUGAAGCCGAGAGGGAUCAGUGUCGAGGUGGUAGGAAGAGUCGCAAGGUAGAUGAGAAGAGCCAGAAGCGACUGCAUAAAGAUGGGAGGAAGGUGAACAAAAUCCUCUGGAUUGUUAUUAUGCCUGUUUCAGAAUGUGCUUCUAGUGAUGAUGAUGAGUGGGACUCUGACGAGUCGAUGGAGAAGAAUCAUGAUUCGUGA